AUGGCUUCCUCUUCUUCUUGCCCUAAACAUUUUGAUUUAAAUGUUGCCUCCAAAACAACCCGUGACGCCAAAGUCUGGCGUCCAUCCUUUGUAUCCCAAAAUCGUCAUCUCACUAUUAAUGAUUUUGUGAUGAUGAAUGAUACGUCUGUUGUCAUAGUAGCUAAGAAUUUCCUUACUCCUAUGGAUGAAAUACUGUUAAUAAGAAGGUCUGACGAAAAGGCUAUUGAUGACUCAAUGACUUUUAGCAUUCAGAGUGCUGCUUCUGUUUCGAACAUGGUUGAUCAUUUGCAUGCUCAAGCAAACGAGAUUCAGGAGCUAAACACUGAAAAUUCAUAUCUUCGAAGAAUGCUUCAUGAGUCUCAGCAAGAGGUUGAAAACCUUAAAGAGGAAAAUAAGACCUUGUUUGAACUAGUGAGUUCAUACUCCAUUGAUACACAGACAAGGCUUGACAUGCUGCAGAUUUCCAAUGAAAAUAUUCUGGGAGACCAUAAGAAGCUUAUGGCUAAGCUUAAGAGGCACCGUCCUCUUCCUUCAGAGGCUUCCAGAACAUAA